AUGGGGGAGGCAGCCAAUAACCAAGUUCUGAACUACGAGGACGGUGAGAUUGAAGCCGAGGCGGCCUUCACUGCUGAGAUCCUGAUAACCGAACGUGUCGGGCUUCAUGACGUUUGGCACAGCCAGUAUGCCGGCUCUCAGGUCAUGGGCAAGCGUCCAGGCAUGUAUAUCAAAUAUUUGCCCACAAAAUACCAUCCGAUCAAUGGCAACAUGCUCACCGGAGGAGCAUACCUCUUUGACACCUUGGAUAACGCAAAGAGGUUUGAAGAUUGGACCACCAACGAGUUUAAAGUUGGUGAGCCGCAGACCCCGUAUUGGAAACAGCCCCUGUUCAAAUCAGUCGAAGCCUGGACUUGGAAAGUCAUUGGUGCUCACAACUUCACUCCUGUUGAUGAACAUCACAUCGGCCGCUGGCAGCGCUGGACGUACCACCAUGUAGGCGUGGGAAAUAUUAUGACGCAGCUGUAUCCUGUUCUGAGAGAUGCAGCUGAGAAGAGAGGAGCUGGGUCAUUCUGGCUACUGCAUCGACCGGAAGAUAAGAUGAUUGGCGUUCAAAUGUCAUUUCCUGGGCCAGAAGGGUCUGACGAUGAUGAUCUUCUCAAGGCAAUUGCGGUUGUGGCUUCGAAGAAGUCAUUGGCGGAUGUCUUCCCGGAUGCACUGGAAGCAGAAGUUCUGAUGGAUAGGACUAGUGCUUAUCAUGCUAUUUGGCAGCCGAUGGAGGAAGAUGUGAAUGGCGUCAAGGUGGCAUGCCCGAACUUCCCACAUCUUGCAGGUGGGAAGGCGUGA